AUGUCGGAACAGAUAGCAUGGAUUGGAUUAGGAAAUAUGGGUGCUGGAAUGUGUAAGAACAUAGUAGAGAAAACCCGCCUCCGCCACCCAAUUCUAAUCUAUGAUAUGGAUGAGCAACGAGCUCACAACCUUCACACACGGAUUGUGCAUACAGAGGUUGUAUCUUCUAUUGCAGCUGCCGCAGCUCGGGCAGAUAUCAUUUUCUAUAGUGUGCCUGACGACAAAGCAGUAUUCGCUGUUCUGACGGAGAUUCUCUCAACGGGCAUAUCGGGAAAACUGAUAGUUGACUGCAGUACAGUGCAUCCCGAUACUACCAAUCAAGAAUCAAAAAUGGUUGACCAGCAUGGGGGUCACUUUGUAGCCUGCCCGGUGUUCGGUGCGGCGGCAAUGGCUGAUGCUGGGCAGUUGAUUUGCAUACUUGCCGGAAAUGCCGAAGAUACUGCCAAAGUAAAGCCUUUCACUACGGGGGUAAUGGGCAAAGCAACCAUUGACUUUACUGGGGAAGAACCGGGCAAAGCUACCAUGAUGAAAAUAAUAGGAAACACCUUCGUGCUUAAUAUGGUUGAAUCCUUAUCAGAGGGGCAUGUUCUGGCUGAGAAAUCUGGGCUGGGUACUGCUCAGUUGCACAAAUUUAUUGAAAUCAUGUUCCCAGGACCUUACACAGCGUAUUCGACUCGCAUGUUGACUGGGGAUUAUUACACUCGCGAAAGACCGCUAUUUGGUGUUGACAUGGCAAGGAAGGAUGCUAGGCAUGCCCUGAGUCUUGCACAGAAAGCGGGAAUGACUAUGAAGCAUGUUGAGCUGGCUGACGUUUACUUGAAAGUUGUACAGGAGCAGAAGGGCUCGCAGGGUGAGCUUGCGGCCAUGUAUGGGGCUAAACGAUUGGAAAGUGGAUUGACUUUUCAGAAUCAAAAGUAA